UCAUAUCGGCAGUUUUACAGACUCCGAAGCACAAUGAAGUCUUCAGGCAUAACAAUCACGAUACCCUUGGGGUUGAUUGUAGUAUCCUCUCAGCUAUAAGAGCCAGCGACAGGACUUCUUCUUACUGUCAGCAUCAGACUGCUUUACUUCUCUGUGCCACUAUUAAUGGCUUCCAAGAAUACAGUGCAGCGGCAUAAGCGACGUCGAAAAACUUCGACCACCACACCAAACGGCCUAUCCUCUCUACCUGCAGAAAUAAUCCUGAUCGUGUUGAGCAACCUUUCUCGUUCCGAUUUCUACAAUCUCUGCCUCGUAUCCAAACUUUUUCACACGUACACAACCCCCUACUUGUACAGAUCCGUGGACAUCGUGCUCAGUGGGUCUUCAUGGGAUGCGAAGGAACAUGUUUACAACAGCCUUUCUCUAGAAAAUAACCGAGGGUUGAGAUUUAUCACGAACUUUCGGUUCCUGCCACCACCAGUUCGUCAUAAGAGGAGGGUUCUGGGUCGUCUUGGCCCCGAUGCGGCAAAGGAUGUACAGCGGCUCAUGGGAGUACUGCUAUCAAAGGUCGGCCCAAAUGUAUUGCAACGGUUUGAAUGGUACCUCCCUAGUCUGCCGCUCCCCGAGGUCCGAAAGUUGCUCCAUCAGGAAGCCCUCACGAAAGUUUCCUGGAGCAUCUCUGGACGUCUCUGUCACAAUCUGGAGGUACCGCAGUUCUUAUUUAGUGUGGACGGCCGUGCAUCGCCUUUGGCCAGUGUCACGAUCAUCUCCAUAGCGGCGUCCAACAUUGACCAUAUCCGCGCGUGGCUGUCGCAGUGCCCAGCACUCAAGGUCCUACGACUAGAAUGGAACCCACGCAUUCGCUACCAGUUCUUGGAGCGUGUUCCGAGGGGGUGCUUUUGGACCGAAAUUGGCCUCCACAAUUUCCCGCGCCUCACAACGCUCAAACUGAAGUGGACGAACGUAACCUAUCUCCACCGUCUGCCUGUAGUCGACCGCCUCACCUCGCUAGUCAUCGACCGCUGCCAGGGCCUGGGGCCCUUCCUCAACGGCUGGCGCCGCAAAUCCACCCCGUCCCCCAUCCGCCUCCGCAAGCUCUGGAUCCACACUAACGACCUCUCUUUCCGGCACAUCCACGACUUCCUCCACGCCUUCACAGGCCUGCACGAGCUCGCCCUCUACAGCGGAUACACACCGCACCGGCUGACCUACGUCUCGACCGGGAUCCGUGCUCACCGGGGCACACUAUCCCUCCUUGCGCUGGACACACUCUCCGACCGCUUCGGCUCUCGCUUCGCCGCCUCGCACGUGCCCAUGGUUUUGGAAGAAACCGCCCUCCUCGCGACCGACCUGCAGCACUACCCGCAUCUCCGCGCCCUCGCGCUCCCCGCGGACCUCGGCGCCCUGCCAGACCUCACAAUCGCCGCCCUUGCCGGCCGCGUCCAAUGUUUCCAGAUCCACCUGCGCGCCGCUCGGGCGCUCCAGCCGCUGGCGCAGGCGAUCGCCAACGCCGUCGCGCGCGGGUUCGCGGGCGGCGAGAUCGAUGGCGAUAUCGCUACUGAUCUGGACGAUAAGCCGGCGUUCGCACAGUCCGCUGUGCGCUCGCUGCCGGAUCUCGCGCGCAUAGAGAAUGAGCGCAAUAGGCUGCAGGCGAGGCAGUCGACCGAGCCGAAGACGCUUGGGAUGGUGCCGAGGCUGAGGUAUCUUUCGCUGUUUACCGGGGCGCUGAAGGAGUGGGUCGUUGUCUUUGAGGUCGAGAGGUGGGCACCGUUUCCGCCUGUUGUAAGGAAGGUGCGGAGGAGGGAGGUUGGGAAGCUGGAGAUGGUGUUUAAGGUCUUGAGGGAGAACUUGGUUUGAUGGGUAGUGUAGUUGGCGGACGGGGGAGUGGGAAUACGUGGGAGUACGUAUAGUCGGCAAUUAGGUAUCGUAGUAUGCCAUACUGAUGUUAUCGUGUG